AUGAACAGAUCGUCACAUAAACGAUAGCGAACUUCCAAUACACCAAAAAGACAAAAAGAGCAAGAUAACAAUCCUAUUCCAAGCUAAUAAGUGGCAAAAUAAGUCAGAAACGAUGAGGCUGUUUAAUAAUUAAGUGUUAUGGAGAAUCCCAAAAACUAACUGAGGAGAUAGGAUUCUCAGAAUUUUCACUUGAGAUCCUCUUAGCAUUUAGAGAAAUCCUAUAAUUUGACUGAUAGAAUUUUUUCUCCUGCAAGAAAGUAGGAUUAAUCUCCGAAUUUAAGAAAGAAGGAAAACAUCAAAAUUAUUGAUUCAUAUGAAGCUAGAUAUGGUAAAUUGAGUACUGAAAAUCUUUAACUUUAAAACUAAAUCUAAGCUGAUCAAUAAAAAUACAAUAAAAUUAUCAAUGAAUUAGAAAUUCAACUCUCUAAUCAAACUUAUAAAUUAUAAACUGAAUAACAUAAUAUUAAACAAUAAUAAUUGUUAUUAUAAAAGAAGAAUGAGGAGAUUUAACUAUUAGUCAAUGAAUUGAAAAAAAAUGAAACCAAGUUUAUUUAGAUUUCACAAAAUAAUGUUCAAAGUGUUGAUGAGAAUUAGAAUUUAAAAGCCUAUAUCUAAAAUUUAGAGUAUGAAUUAUAAAAUUUGAAAUAAUAAGUUCAAGAUACUCAUUUCAAAAGUGCAAGAUAGAUUGAGGAAACAAAAAUAAAAGUUGAAAAUGAUUGUUCUCAUUAAAGCUAAAUACAAUUAAAGGACAUCCAAUAAUAACAUUAAUAAAUUUUGAGCAAAAAGAACGACUAACUUAUAUAGGAAUAAUAAAAGUAUUCAAAACUCUUAGGUUAAUUUGAUAAUUUAGUAAAUGAAAAAAAUAAGAUGUAAUUGUUGAUAGACGAUCUUCAAGACGAGAAGUUAGUGAUUUAAUAAUAACUUCAACAAUAAAACUAAAUGUGCGAAGAAUUCAGAUUAAAAAAUAUGAGCUUGCAUAAGGAAGUAUAACUAGUUCAUGAUAAACAAGCCAAAUAAGAACUCUCACAUCAAAAAUAGAUCUAGGAACUCAAAUAAUAUUAUGAAUAAUAAUAAAUCAACAACUUGUAAAGAAGACUAAAUGAAACCGAAUUAAAACACUCAACAGAAAAUUAGCAAUAAGAUUAAAUAAUAAGAGAGUUGUAAGCAUAAUUGUAACAAUCUGAGAACAAUUAUUAAGUAAUGAAGACUGAAAAUGCAAAAUUAUAUGCUAUAGAUCAAGAGUAAGAGAAAGAGAUCAAAAUAUUAUAGUAAGAAUUAGAAAGAAUCAAUAAAUUCAAAGAUUUAGAAAUAUAAUAACAAUAAGAAGAUCUUUAGAAGUUAAAACAAUAACUUUUAGAAUAGUCCUCUAAGUACUAGACUAAAUUACAUGAAUUAAGUAAACAAUAAGUUAUUGCUAAUGAUAUCAAGAGCGAAUUAGAAUUAUAAAAGAAUGUUACAAAAGAAAUUGAAGCCAGUAUUAGGGAGCAAUGGGAAACUGAUAUUUAAGAAUUGAAAGGUUUUAACCAAUAAUAACUCUAAAAUUUAGAAGAAUAAAUUAAAUUCCUAAAUUUAGAGAAUGAAAAAUUAAUUAUCUAAAGUCGUAAGAAGGAUGAAUAAAUCAAUGAAUAUAAACUUAAUUAACAGUUGUUAGAUAAUUCAAUUAAUGGUUUGAAGCAUUAAUUGAGCGAUACAGAGAAAUAAAAAUAAAAGGAAUUGGAAGAUUAUUAAUUUGAAUUGGAGAACUUCAAAAAAGAAUUAAAGGAAUAAAAUGUCAAGUUACAAUAAGAAAAAUAAUUAAUGGAACAAUAAUUAAAGUAAUAAAAAUAGAGAGCAAAGGAAUUGGAAACUGCAAAAAUUGAAUUGGAAUUUAGUUCCUCUCAAUAGAUCUAAAAUUAUUAAGAACAAAUUAAAUAAAAAGACUGGUAGAUCAGCUAAUUUAAUUCAGAAAAAUAGAAGUUUGAAUCUUUAUUAAAAUCAAAUAAGGAAAGAUUGACCUAAGCAGAAUUCCAAGUAGUAGAAUUAAAAUAAAGUGCUGAUAUUUAUUUGAAGGAAUUAGAAGAAUCAACUCAACAAAGAGAUCUUGAAAGAAGCCAAUUUAACUAAAAAUUUGGCUUUUAAGAAACAAGAAUAUCAUAGUAUAAGUAAGCAAUUAACUAAUACGAAAUUGAAAUUCACAAUCAAAAUAACUAAAUUGACAAAGCCUAAAAAUCGCUUGAUCAUGCUAUGUUAGAAUCUUAAAAGAAAAUCGAGGAAUCAAGAAAGAGAGAGUAAAAACUAUUAGAUCAAAUCGCUAAUCUAAAUUUGUAGUUGUAAUCGAAUGAAGAUUAAUUUAUUAAAUAUUAAGAGGAACAUAAGGAAUCUAAUAAAUAAAUUGAGUAAUUGCUUCAAGAGAAGGAUUCUUUAAUUAAGAGUUUAGAAAAUCAAAAAGAAAAAUUAGUUGAAGUUAAAAAUGAGUUAACUGAGGAAAUUGAAUAAUUGAAUUAAAAGAUCCAAAAUUAUGCUGAAGGAGAAAACUAGAGAUAAGAUUGGGAAUUCUAAGUUGAAAAUGAAAAGGCUGUUUUGAAUAAUGAGAUUGAAAUAUUAUAAUAAAAGCUCGAUUAAAAAGAGUCAAAAUUGAAUCAAAUAUAAUAAUAAUUUUCGAAUUUAGAAAUUCAACUCUAAGAUAAAGAAGUAUUGUAUGAUUCUCUUAGAAGAUAAAUUGAUUAGAAUUAUGUACAUGUUGAAGACUAUGAAUAAUUGAAAUAGAAAAACAUCAAUUUAUUGAAUGAGAUUCAUGAAUUAGAGAGCAGUUAGCUAAAAUCAAAUAGUGAGAAAUAAUCAUUGAGAAGAUAAGUUGAAAAGUUGAAGAGUGAUCUAGAGUUGAAAGAAUAAGAGUUCGAAUAAACUUUUGAAUAAUUGAAUAAAAGAAGAGGAGACAAUGAGGAUGUGGCGAAGUUGACAAAAGAAAUAUAAAGACUGAAUUUUGAGUUGUCAGAUGCUUAAACAUUGUUGUAGGCAAAAAGCGAGCAGCUAAAUAUAAUGAGAAGAGAAAAUGAUGAUCAGUUGGAGCAGUUAAAUAGAAUGAAGAGACAAUUAAAUUAAACAUCAGAGAAAGAAUUAAUAAGAAGGAUAGAUAAAUCUGAACAUUUGGAAGAAAACCUUUGA